AUGAGGCACAUGACCAUGGAUAAUGUGCUUCAUGGCACUCAACCCAAACGGCACAAUCACAAAGUGAAAAACCUCUACACGGAUGCCCUUAAAUUCCAUGGCGAUUUACACUUUGUAGUUGUCAGGCUACCGAGUUCUUGGGUUUUGAAAGUCAUCACCAGGGCUUUGUUUUUGGCUUUUGUCAUCGUUUCACUCCCUUGGCUUAACACCGCAAUUGGAGAUCUUACGUCGAAGUUGAACAAUGGAGCCAAGGUUUCAUCUGUUGCUGAUCACAUAGCUGUAGAUGAUCCCAAUGACGCCGUAGGGACGCUAUCCGUGUUGUUUCAUGAUUUGGCGAACGAAGGCCUUCUCAAAAUGGGCGACCGAGCCCUCAUUAUCAGCAAUGGUGACGAUCAUGAAGCAGCUAUAUUCAACACUCAAGCCAUCAGCGACUACAACAUGGACGUGGUUUCCUGCUCGGACGUGGAGCGACAGAGUUUGAUCCCCAAUCAGACGUAUGAUUUAGUGUUCGUCCGUGAUUUCCAUGCAGCUUCAGAAUUGAUUGAACGGAUUAUCAAGAAAGAUGGGACGGUAACUGUCCAGCUCAGUGACAAUCCUGCGGUUUCGUUCUCAAAGCCAUCAAAUUACAAGAUUGUUUACCUGAGGAGAUUUAAUUCCACCAUCAUUGCGAUGCGAAAAUUGAUCAAGAUUCAGGUGGUGCCUGCGGGCAAACAUUCAGCGGCAGCAAGGAGACGAUUGCUCGGGCUUAACACGGAAGUAAAGAAGAAAGCCCUUGACAAUCUCGAAGACGUGUUACUCGAACCGCCAAGAGCCGCGUCAGGGAAAUCAAACAGCUAUCGAAAGCGAACUAGAUUCUUACCAGACUUGAUUGGUGACUCCCUCGAGAGCUACUCGCGCAGAGUCUUCAUCGACGUCGGUUUGCCUGACAAAAACGACGCCUCAUCAGGUGAUGUUAGCUGGUUUAAAAAGAACUAUCCUACUAAGAACACGGAGUUUGAGGUGUACAAGAUUGAGACCGUGAAUGAAGGACCAUCAAGAGAAGAGGUAGCUCAAAUCGGGAUGUCUGAUUGGCUAAGGAAGAAUCUGAAAGGGAAUGAAUAUGUUGUGAUGAAGGCGGAGGCUGAAGUGGUGGAGGAAUUGGUAAGGAGCAAAGCUAUAAAGUUAGUGGAUGAAUUGUUCUUGGAGUGUAAGCAUAGAGGUAUAAAGAAAAGUGUCAAAAGAAGUAGGAGAGCCUAUUGGGAAUGCUUGGCUUUGUAUGGAUCGUUGAGAGAUGAGGGUAUUGCAGUGCACCAGUGGUGGGGUUGA